GUCACGUGAUUCGACAGAAAGAUGGCUGCGCCGGUGGAUGAUGAGUUUGAAGACGCUCCAGAUGUGGAGCCGCUAGAACCUACGCUGCUGAACGUUAUUGAACAGCGCUCCCUCAGAUGGAUCUUUGUAGGAGGGAAGGGCGGGGUGGGCAAGACCACUUGCAGUUGCAGCCUGGCCGUCCAGCUAUCUCGGAUUCGGGAGAGUGUGCUGAUCAUAUCUACAGACCCCGCUCAUAACAUCUCAGACGCCUUCGACCAGAAGUUCUCAAAGGUCCCCACCAAAGUGCGCGGCUAUGAUAAUCUGUUUGCCAUGGAGAUAGACCCCAGCCUGGGGGUGGCUGAGCUUCCUGACGAGAUCUUUGAGGAGGACAAUAUGCUGAGUAUGGGGAAGAAGAUGAUGCAGGAAGCCAUGAGCGCCUUUCCUGGGAUAGAUGAAGCCAUGAGCUACGCGGAGGUGAUGAGACUGGUGAAAGGGAUGAAUUUCUCAGUGGUGGUCUUUGAUACGGCCCCCACUGGGCACACACUACGGCUUCUCAAUUUUCCGACCAUUGUGGAACGUGGCCUUGGAAGACUGAUGCAGAUCAAGAAUCAGAUCAGCCCAUUUAUAUCUCAGAUGUGUAAUAUGUUAGGUCUUGGGGACAUGAAUGCUGACCAGCUGGCCUCUAAGCUAGAAGAGACUCUCCCCGUCAUCCGGUCCGUCAGUGAGCAGUUCAAGGAUCCGGAGCAGACCACCUUUAUUUGUGUGUGUAUUGCUGAGUUCCUGUCACUGUAUGAGACUGAGAGGCUGAUCCAGGAGUUGGCUAAGUGUAAAAUAGACACACACAAUAUUAUCGUUAACCAGUUGGUAUUUCCUGAACCCGAGAAACCGUGCCGUAUGUGCGAGGCCAGGCACAAGAUUCAGUCCAAAUACCUGGACCAGAUGGAGGAUCUGUAUGAAGAUUUCCAUAUUGUGAAACUUCCCCUUCUUCCUCAUGAGGUCCGGGGUGCAGAAAAUGUCAACACCUUCUCUAACCUUCUCCUCGAACCGUACAAGCCUCCCAGCGGGAAAUAAGAUGUCGAGGGGGCUGGGUGACAACCUUUGAUAAAUACUGCAGAGACACAUUACACCCCUCUGACUGACAGAUUCGGAUCCAUCCCUCCCAGAACCGCCUGCCAUCUUCCCACCCAUCACGUCCCUAUAUAAUUUUGGGAGGGGUCUAUUUAUUUUCAGGUUUUGGGGACCCAUCCACUUUGCCCUCUCUCUGUCUCUGUUUUGUCUCUGUCUCUUCAUCUCAUAAGAAUUCUACACCAUGAAAACCACCUGGACUGUAGUCACUAACCGGCCAUCAGCCGUACACCCGUCACCUUCCUGAAUGUCACACUGUGUAGAGCUCCGGGGCAGGAUGAGUAUUAAACUCUGUUUAUACGAAACUA